UCCUUUAACUUCAACAUCACUUCAUCAAUAUCCACCUCAACACAAACACAAAAAGACUAGCCAAGAAAAAAAGAAGCAAACAACACAAGAAGAAAAAGAAACUACACUCAAUCAAUCUCUAUUUCAGUGUUGUGUUCAAGAUCCAGCCAAUGGUGAAAACAGAGCAAAAAACUCUAUCAUCAGAAUCAAACAAGACAUUAAUGGCAUUGUCAUCAUCUUCAUCAACUUCAAGCAGCAACAACAACAACAACAUGAAGAUGAAGAAGAACAAGUACAAGGGAGUAAGAAUGAGAAGCUGGGGAUCAUGGGUAUCAGAAAUAAGAGCACCAAAUCAGAAAACAAGAAUCUGGUUAGGUUCAUAUUCUACCCCUGAAGCUGCUGCUAAAGCUUAUGAUGCUGCACUUUUAUGCUUAAAAGGCCCUUCUGCUUCUCCUAAUCUCAACUUCCCAUUCAACUCUUCCUUUUAUCACCACAUUGAUCACACUUCCACAACCCUAAACCCUAAAGCCAUCCAACGUGUCGCUGCUGCUGCUGCCGCCGCCACUGAAGGCAGCGAAAAUAUAGGAUUAGUGUCAUCAUAUGAUGACAGUAACCCUAUUUUAUCUGCAUCCUCAUCUCCGCCACUUUCAUCUUCAUAUUCUUCUUCACCAUUGAGUCAUGCAGAUCAGUUUGAUGAUGUUUGUUUAUUACCAAAUGAUUAUACUACUACUACCACCACCACCUUUGAACAAGAAGAGAUAACAGCUGUGUCAAUGAUUGAACAAUGGUACAACUUUGAUUCACCAAAGUACAAUGACAUGCUACACGGUACAGUUUUCUUUGAUCCGCCUUCAAUGGAGGAUGUUUAUUAUGAAGAAGGAUUAUCCGCUGAUAUCCCUUUAUGGAGUUUUUGCUGAUCAUGAAGAAAAAGAAGAUCUCAGUUUCAUUAUUAACCAUAUUUGUUAAUUAUUCUUUAAAAGAAAAAAAGGAAAAAAAAAGGGAAUUUUUUAUGGGUGAUGUCAAGUAAUUUUUUCUUGAACAUCACUGAUAGGGACUAAUUAUAUUUACAUUUAUUAUUAGGAAAAAGGAAAAUAUAGGGACAUACAGAGAGAGAAAUCAUAUUUUCUGGACUCUCCCAUGUGAGUUCCUAGAAAAUUCCUGUUAUAGAUAUAUUCUUUUAUACAAGUGUGUCAUAUGCUGUAUCAUUUAUUGUGUACUCCAAGUGCAAUAAAAUAUGAUGGAAAAUAUUUGUUUUACCA